GAUCUGGCAUGGACUGGCUGGAAGAACUCUGGCAAGGGACAGACACUUAGCAAAUUUGGCUUUGACCAGUUUGUUAAGCUCAAGAGCUACCACCUUAAGGAUUACCCCAACUAG